AUGGGUCUGGGCUUUGUGGAGGUAGGGGCAGACAGGGAGACGGUAGCCUGUCCAGCCACCAGCCCUGCUCUCCAGGGCCCUUUCCCCCUGUGCUUUGGGCAGGUGCACACGUUGAGGGAGGAGAGGGCACAUAGCAUGAGUCGAGUACAGGAACUGGAGACGAGCUUGGCUGAACUAAGGAACCAGAUGGUGCCAUGGGAGGCAGAUACCAAGUUCUGGGGUCUCCAGCUGCAGCAGCAGCUACAAGCAGAGGCUGAGCACCUGUGGAAGGAGCUGGAGAGUGUGGCAGGACAGCUCCAGUGGGCCCACAUGCAAGACAAUGAGGGCUUGAAACGCCUGAACUGGGAGCAGGAGGAGAGGCUGCUGGAGCUGAGCUCUGAGGGGAGCAGGCGGAGGUACGCAGCACGUCAAGGAGGAGCUGCCAGAGAAGCUGGGACCUUCUCAUCAACCGAGAGCCUGCAACAACUCUCCCAACAGCUCAAUGGCGUUGCUUCUGAGUCAGCAACACGUAUCUAUGCGGAGGGUCCUGCAUCAUCUGCUACCUUGAAGGAUCUGGAGAGCAGAUACCAAGAGGUAACAGUCACCCUGGGCUCAAGUUAUAUAACAAUCAGUCAACUGAAUAAAACCAUCGAGUCAUUGGAAAAGCAAGAAAGCCAGCAAAACCAGGGAGCCCUAAAGAGGCAAUUACAGGUUCAAUCAGAAGAGGCCGAGGAUCUGGCCAGCCAUCUGCAGUAUUCCUGGAAGCAUGUGGGUGAGUUGCAACGGGAGCAGAGGAAGGCAGAUAGGUACAACAACCAGUUAACCGGAGACAGUGAUGCCCUCAGGCUGAAGUUAUACAAGAACAGCAACAGCAAUAAGGAGCUGAAGCAGGAGAACUCAGCUUUGGCAGAGCAGCUUCCAGUUGUACUGACUGAGAAGGCAGGGAUGCAGCGUAACUUGGAGGAGCUGAAAAAGAAACUAGAACUCACUGACCUCACGCUUCAACAGUUGUCUAGCUGGUGUGAAGGCCCUAAUGCUAAACAGCAGUUACAGCAGCCCAUGGAGGAAUGGGCACAGCUGGUCUACCUGGGGCAGGUGAUGGAGUGGCUGAAGUAUCUGCAAAUGGAGAGAGACCAGUAUGCCCAGUAUCUGCACGGAGAGAGUGCCAUGUGGUGGCAGAGGAUGCGGGAGAUGUCAGAGAAGCUGAACCCCCACCCCCGGAGGCCCCAGCAGGGCCCUCCGAGGUGGAGCAGCAGCUACAAACAGAGGCUGAGCACGUGCGGAAGGAGCCGGAGAAUCUGGCAGGACAGCUUUAAGCCCAAGUGGAAGAAAAUGAGGGCUUGAGUCUCCUGAACUGGGAGCAGGAGGAGAGGUUGCUGGAACAGGAGGAGAGGUUGCUGGAACAGGAGGAGAGGCUGCUGGAGCAGGA